GUUCAUUUCAAGCUAGAAAUAAUACUAAUAUUAUCAUGAAAUAGUCUGAUCUAUUUUCAAAGUGACCCAUUUUGAUCAAAGAAAGCUUAGAUGCUCAAUAAUGGAAGCUGGGCAUGAAAAUUCCUCAAAACGCAGAGACAGACUGAUGCACGUAUUUAUGAAAAAAUCACUUUAUCACCUUAGCUCGCUGACCACACCUUUGGAAAUUCAUACUGAGUUGUCACAUCUCCCCGAAACUUCCGGCCAACAACACAUAAUUACACCAGCACAAACGUUGCACUCCUCUGACAUCGUUCAUCAAUCUUAUUUUAUGACACGAUUGAAAGCAUAUUUCGAUGCGGCAGACAGCAAGACAAAAAGCGAUCUUCAAAGCAUUUAUUUUGCCAAAAUGCAGUCGAUGACACAGAGUGAAAAGUCCAACAGCCCGCCCUCAACCAGAAAGUCGAGCACCUAUAUUGAAAUAGCUACCUACAUGGCUCUAUGGGUAAAAGACAAAAAAUUACCUUAAGCAUUUGACGUGGAUGAUUUGUAUAUAUUCCUGGAGAAAUUAAUUUUAUAUGGCUUUUCACGCGAUGAGGUGGAAUUAAUAUUCCUUACAGCUGGGUACGAAAACUCAAAAGUUCAAACAAUUUUGGAUUCAUACAACAAACUCAAGGCGGAGUGGCCGAUAGAGA